CAAAGAAGUACACUGACGUCAACAAGAACAAUUUUCACGAUAGCGUUUUUAUUGUUGUUAUUUAGACGUUUAUAAACACACUGGAACUUAAAAUAUGACUAAUUUAACUGCACAGCAUCACACACUUACCACAUGUAGUGUUUAAUUCGCGUUGGAGACACGAUUUGGUUGAUAGAUUAAAAAAUAGAUAAAAAAAUAGAUGUUUUCUAGGUAACGCUAGCUGCUAACGUUAGCUAACAAUGGCUAACUGUAUGGUUUUUCACACUCAAAUUGCCUCCAUUAUGGAGGUGCUAGCGAAUGCAGCUGUGGCAGAGAUAUGUAAACUCGUAGAUGACGACUAUGCAGUGUUUCGUUUGGAAAUAACUCAAAGCCAGAAAGAAAACAUGGUAUUGCGGAGGAAACUACUGGAACUGAAGGUGGCACGGGAGCGCGCAGAGAGGACAGUGCGAGAGCGCGUUCUCGCCAGUCGUCCAAGUAUCAAGAUCCUCGACCGAUACAGAGGAAUGGCAAGAGGUGAAGGACAUCACACUGGAGGCAACAGGAGCUUUGUGAAGCCAGCGGGACACAACACAUGGAGAGAUGACCAACCAAUCACUGUUGAUGAGAGAAGUGGAACCUCAACCCAGAACGUUAUCGUGAUAGAGUCUGCAGAUCCAGAGGCUGUAGGUCCUGGGGUCAAACAGGAGAGGUCUGGAGGAGAGGAACCCCCACGACACAGCAGAGACAUACAGACUGGAGCAGCGUCUGGAACGCCCUCUGUAGCAACAGAGGACACCAUCACCACCCCAGCGCAGCCCAGGACCCGACACAGCAUCACGGAGGUCAGUGGAACGCAGAACGCCGUCCUCAAGUCAGAGACCGACACAGAGACUGUAACUGUAACACACAGGUUCUUACACACAGGAUCUGACCACAGAUCAGACCCAGAGAGACUAGGGCUACUGGGCUGUCCUCCUGCUCCCGGCUCAGAAUAUUUACCGGUAUUUCACCAGAGCCAGAGGACGGUUAAUUCCCGUGGGGAUGUUGAUGGUGACGCAUUAGACACUGGCAGUGAUGAUCCAUCUUGUUCUUACACUGCAGAGAUGGAUACUGGCAAAAUGCCCUUGGGUUUAGAGACACAGACUGAUCUGUCUAGAGAGGACUGGAACCGGUACAGUAGUAGUGUAUACUCUAAAGGGUGCCUAGAUAAGAAAGGGGAGGUUAUAGUGGUAGAUGAGGUGAAAGUGGAGGGCGAUGCUCCUCCCACAUGGAAUACAGAUAGUCACCUAGGAGACGGACACUCACAGGGCAGAGAUUUCUUAAAUUACAGGGGAAGCUUAGAGACAAAUCUAAAUGUCGCCACCCACUCCUCUUUAGAUGCGUUCAGGGGUCGUGACCCAGUGUUCACGUCGAUGGCACCUUCCGAUUCACACGGCCAGAUCCUUUUCGAUCAGGUAUUGAACUCAAACGACAGGGCUAGCGCCCAGGUUCAGGGAGAAGGGGCCACAUCAGGCAAUAGUAAAGAGAAACGAUUCCUCUGCAUGUUCUGUAACAAAGGCUUCAGCUGCCCCCAGAAGGUGGAGAGGCACCAGAGGGUCCACACAGGGGAGAAACCCUUCAGCUGUACCCAGUGUGAGAAGAGGUUCUCCCGCCAGGACAACCUAAAGAUGCACCAGAGGGUCCACACAGGGGAGAAACCGUUCAGCUGUACCCAGUGUCACAUGCGCUUCGCCCUGGCUGGCAACCUGAAGAUGCACCUGAAGGUCCACACGGGAGAACGGCCGUUUGCCUGUACGCACUGCGGGAAGAGGUUCUCUGAGAGGAGAUACCUCAGGAUACACCAGCAGAAAAACCAUGCCACUCUAUGAUAUAGAAAGUAACCAUUCCAUUUGAUAGAUGGAAUACCCUGCAAUAAAGACAAAGAUUAAUGAAUUGCCAGCAGAAAAGAUCCACCGAUUACUUUUGACUUACCAUAGCUGACUCUUAUUUACCCACAACAUAAUUUAUGUCCAACAUGAUGGGUUUAGCAACAAUUAAGUUAUUCAGUAACUACAGUAUAGGACUCAAACGAUGUAGGGAUAGGUAAGCUCUCCAUGUUGAUAGUGUGUUUAUUACCUGGGUGUGCAUCUAUGUCUGUGUAAUCUGUAUCACCUCUCUCUUUCAAGAGGAGGGUCCAGAGAUAAUUAAUAUAUUACACUAGAUGACUGAUAAGGGGCGCUGUUUUGAAACCACUCCUUCAUUUGGCACUCCCCCACCCUUGUAAAAUAUAUUUGGGAAGCUACCCAAAUGCAUUUAUUAAUGUCUAUAUUUGUUUUUGCCCUGUUUAUUAUUACAGACACCUUAUUGCAUACUUUUAAAUUAUAUUAUGUGUGUUAAACAAACAUUUCAAAAGGAAAAUUAAAAACAUUUUCCUUAAGUAUUUUUUUUUUUUAAAGCUUCUAAUAUUUCUGUCCUUACUACAACAACAAAAAAUACUUGAAGCUGCGACCCAACCAAAUUCACAUAGAAAUGUGAGUUAUAGAUCUGUUAUUCUCAUUGAAAUCAAGUCUAAGAAGCAAUAGUUUUUGCGUCUUUUACUUACAGUUUCUUACACCAGCUUCAAACAACUGACAAUACAAUAAGUUUGGUUUUGGAAAAUAUAUUUCACAUCAGUUUAGAUGGUAGAAUGAUUCUCUACACUAUACUUACUUGUUUUAUCACAAACUGAAAUUAGGUGAACUAUUACAAAUAAAUAAAAAACACGAAAUGGCGGAGCGAUUUCUGCAAAGUACAGCUUUAAAUACAUGUAAUUUUGUCCAUGAAACAUUUAAUUGAAAUACUGUAGAAUUCCAUUAAUUCCUAUGGAGGACUGCGCCUUCUGGGGAGUGCCAAUAUGGCCGACUGGUGGCUUUGAAGCCUCUCACUGGCCAAUAGGUCGUUAUCAAUCAAAUAUCCCAAUAAGAUGCAGAGUGUUCGAUUUGCCUGUUGGGGGGCAAGGAGACCAUAGCUCCUCUAAAGCCAUUGACAAUUGCAUGCCGUUUAAGGGAUUGCAAAAUAAAGGUUAACUAUUUGGAUGUAAUAUCAUCACCUCUUGAAGAGCAUUGUCAGAACUACAAAUGUCCAUGCAAAAGAAUUGCGCACAUUUAGCUAUAUCAGAGUUAUACAGCAAGUAACUGCAUGCUUUUAAUGAUCAGAAAACAUCAAUUGAUCAUGUAAUUUCAGAUAUGCGAGGGUAGCCCACGAUAUCUCUCAAUAGGGGCCACUUUUAAUUGGAUAAUUGAGUGAUAUAAUUAACUUUUAUAUCUGACAAGUAUGAGUGGUUUAGGUUCAUUUCCCAUUGUUUGUGGGCUCUGCCUGUCAAGCAGCAGAAGGGUACAUUUACCGAUGUAAUGUUAGCUGAUCAUGUUUACUUUGCAAGUUAGAAACUUUGUACAGUUGGCUAAACAUAGUGGUAAGUUGACCUAAUGUAAAUUUUUCUCCAACCAACAUAGGCCUACCUAGCUAAGUUAGCGAACAUUAUCCCCUUUUCAACAUUGUUUUUCAGUGUGUGUAAUCAUGAUUGCUGAUGACAGACAUGAUAGGCUACAUUGAUUGAUGGACAAAUUGGCUAGCUAGCUAAUAACAGAUCACAUCAAUAUGGCUGGUUAACAAGCUAACUUUUAGGGGAUAAACUUGAUGGCUAUAUCCAAAUAUUGUUUCAUUUGCAUGCCAUCUAUAGUGAUGAUGACAGUAGUCCGACUGACACCUUUUUCAAGACGAGGACUUGCCGAUGUCGAGCCUAAUCUCCUGAUACAGCAAGCUAAAUUACGCAUGUUUGCUUAGCUAGCUAGCUACAUGCCAAAUGGAUAGGCUACCAUCGCUUAUCUGAAAAUACAGUGCCUUCAGGAAGUAUUCAUACCUCUUGACUUAUUCCACAUUUUGUUGUGUUCGAACCUGAUUUCAAAAGGGAUUACCCCAUAAUGACAAAGUGAAAACAUGUUUUUAGAAAUGUUUACAAAUGUAUUGAAAAUGAAAAAGAUAAAUAUCACAUUUACAUAACUAUUCAAACCCCUAAGCCAAUACAUUUUAGAAUAAUCUUUGGCAGCGGUACGUAUCUAAGAGCUUUGCACACCUGGAUUGUACAAUAUUUGCACAUUCUUCUUAAAAUUCUUCAAGCUCUGUCAAGUUGGUUGUUGGCCAUCAGGUCUUGUCAAAGAUUUUCAAGUCAAUUUAAGUCACAACUGUAACUAGGCCACUCAGGAACAUUCAAUGUCAUCUUGGUAAGCAACUCCCGUGUAGAUUUGGCCUUGUGUUUUAGGUUAUUGUCCUGCUGAAAGAUGAAUUUUUUUCCCCGUGUCUGUUGGAAAGCAGACUGAACCUGGUUUUCCUCUAGGAUUUCACCUGUGCUUAGCUCAAUUCCAUUUCUUUUUAUCCUAAAAACUCCCUAGUCCUUGCCAAUGACAAGCAUAUCCAUAACAUGAUGCAGCCACCACCAUGCUUGAAAAUAUGAUUAGUGGUACUCAGUGAUGUGUUGUGUUAGAUUUGCCCCAGGACAUAAAGUUAAUUUCUUUGCCACAUUUUUUGCAGUUUUACUUUAGUGCCUUAAUGCAAACAUGAAUGCUUUUCACUCUGUCGUUUUGGGUAGUAUUGUGGAGUAACUACAAUGUUGUUGAUCCAUCCUCAGUCUUCUAUCACAGCCAUUAAACUCUAACUGUUUUAAAGUCACCAUUAGCUUCAUGGUGAAAUCCCUGAGUGGUUUCCUUCCUCUCCGGCAACUGAGUUAGGAAGGAUGCCUGUAUUUUGUAGUGACUGGGUGUAUUAAUAUACCAUCCAAAGUGUAAUUAAUAACUUGACCAUGCACAAAGGGAUAUUCAUUGUCAGAUUCUUUUUAUUUUUUUGCCAUCUACAAAUAGGUGUCCUUCUUUGCGAGGUAUUGGAAAACCUCCCUGGUCUUUGUGGUUAAAUCUGUGUUUGAAAUGCACUGCUCGACUGAGGGACCUUACAAAUAAUUGUAUGUCUGGGGUACAGAGAUGAGGUAGUCAUUCAAAAACCAUGCUAAACACUUAUUGCACACAUAUUGACAAAGGGGUUGACUUAAGACAUUUCAACUUUUCAUUUUUAAUGAAUUUGCUAAAAUGUCUAAAAACAUAAUUCCAUUUUGACAUUAUGGGGUAGUGUGUGUAGGCCAGUGACACAAAAUCUCAAUUUAAUAUAUUUUAAAUGCAGGCUGUAACACAACACAAUUUUGAAAAAGUCAGGGCUCUUGCUUACCCAGAAAGACUCACAGCUGUAAUCACUGCCAAAGGUGAUUCUAACAUGUAUUGACUCAGGGAUGUGAAUGCUUACAUAAAUUUGUUAUUUCUGUAUUUCAUUUUAAAUAAAUGUGCAAACCUUUCUAAAAACAUGUUUUCACUUUGUCAUUAAGGUGUGUUGAUGGGUGAAAAAUCUAUUUAAUCAAGUUGGAAUUCAGGCUGGAACACAGGGUGGAACACAUCAUUGGUCCAGAGGUGCUGCUGGUGAAGGAGGGGUGUGAGGAGGGUAUGGGGAACCCUGAGGGGAAUAUGGUCAUGGAGGCCAAACAGGCUACACCUCCUCCUCGAGCUACAGAGGAAGCAGCUGAGCAGCACAGGACCACACACAGUCUCACUGAGGUGAGCCUACUGUGAACUACUGUCUGAAUGGUAUUAGGUCAGGGCUGGUAUCUACAAAGUGUCUGAGAGUAGGAGUGCUGAUCUAGGAUGAGUUUUCCUUUUAGAUCAUAAUGAAGACAAUUAUUUGGAAAGAUCCUACUCUUUGUGGAUACGGGCCCAGGUCUUGAUUAAUUUUGUCUUAAGUGUGGGACCAUGCCUUUGGACUAUCAAACCAUUAAAGGGAUAGUUGGGGAUUUGGGCAAAAAAUUGUAUCUACUUCCCCAGAGUCAGAACUCGUGGAUACCAUUUUUACAUCGGAGUCCAGUAUACAGGACGUUAGAGGUAAUUUCGGGAGGCAGUGCUAACUAGCUUAGCGCAAGGACUGGAAGUCUUUAUGUACAGCUAGCGUGCUGUGUUUUCUCCCACCGGUCCAACCUGAAGAGGCACGAGAGUCCACACAGGGGAGAAAUUCUACAUCUGCCCCUAGUUUGAGAAGAGGUUCUCCCACCAGCACCAGCUGAAGAGGCACCUGAAGAUCCACAUGGAAGAGACAUCAUUUGCCUGUACGCAUUGCGGGAAGAGAUUCUCAGAGAGGAGCUACACCAGCAGAAAAUGCACACUGCCCAUGUAGAGAGUAUCGUGACAUGUAAUGUAGUCUUAGUGAGUUAGUUAGUAAUUAAUUCUGUUGGUUUUGGAUGUAGUAGGGAACUGGAUGAGGUGAACUGAGGAGGGAAUGAGUAUGAUGAGGCAGAGUAGAUGAUAUGGUGAUGGUUGGUGUGAUUGUGUCUAAAAAUGCGUCACUGAUGAAGAGUGACAACUAUGUCCCUUGAGGUUGAUGCUGGUGUUUUGUAGUGAGAUAAUGAUAAUGCCUUACUUCAUCUUUACUUGACAGGAAUUAGUAAAGCUGUGUGUAAUGUAAUGUUGAACCUUUUCCAAAGUAUUCUAAAAUUCAUUUUAUCAAAGAGAGGGUUCCAGAUUUACAGAAGUGGUCAAGUGAUACCAUAGUGAGUAAUAUUAUUCUACUUGUCACAUGUAUAUUUUUGUCCAAUAAAAGUACUGUACUAAAAGUUAUGUGAGUAUGACAAUUGUUUAUUUUUUUUAAUUUUUAAAUCAACUUUGUACAGACUGAAUUGGUUAUUUUUGUAUCAUUGCAGGGAAUGUAUUUUACCAAGGUUCAAUCAGUAAAGCUGGUCUGAAUGCUGGUUUAACGUCAUCCAGUAAGCAUAACAUAAUUCACAUCGUUUCCUAUUCUAUGGGCAUUGUGGGAAUGAAUACAAACAUAUCAUUAUCAGUAUUAAGUCUUCUUUAAUCUCUUUCCUGUUAGCGAUGUGCAGAAUGUCAUUUACCUAUUUACCUUAUGGCCUAUAAGCACAGCACAAUAAUGCACAUUGCUCACGCUUACUGUUAACCCUAUGGGUUCACUCUUGUAAUUAUCACAGGUCUCUCUCUGAACAAAUGGGCGUAAAUCUUGGGAUGUAUUUAAUGUGAAUUUUACCCAUGUUCUUUCACUUGCUUUUUUCAGAAACUGUUUUCGGCAACUCAUUCACAUUGUCUCGGUUCAGAUACAUUGACAUGCCUUUCUUUGCCUAUCGUAGCUAAUUGUGCAAGUUACCUUCUCUUGCAGCCUGCGCUUCGGAGGAAACUUUUGCCGGGAGAUUUAGACAAUGGUUCUAAUUCAAUUGGCCCACCUCCUCUCAUUUCACUAUCCACGCAGUACUGUAGAAUCAUGAUCCUCUAGUUGAUAACUUUAGGCUAUUUAAACAAGUGAACAUUUUCUCAAAUCAGAGGAAAAGGGGAAGCGAGAGGGUUUACUCCGCCCAAAAUCUAUCCUUGUUAAGCAGAUCAUUAAUUAUUAAGCAAGUGAGGAGUUUUUGAAUAUAGGUCAAUGGGUGUCGAAUUUAGUAAAGAACAACAAAUAUAUGUUUAAUUUGAUACAUGAGUCUUAAUUGAUAUAAUAUAAGUUUCGUAAUGCUGAGGUUGUUAAGAGUGUACUAUUUGAUGCACAUAACAUCCCAGCAACUUUCAGAAAAAACACUUUGUAUCGAAGUUGUCCCUGUUGAUAUUCGAUCAUGCUUAUUCAUUAGGCUAGUAUAGCGUCUCACUCUCCAUUCAAUACAGGCGGUUAAUGUCAACACCCUCAUAGAAUAUUUAAAAAAAAAGAGUUCAAAUAAUCCAAAAUAUCCACCAAUCCAAAUAGGAAUAGGCGGGACCUUGACAGCCCGCUGUUUUGCUCUGUGGUGAUUAUUUUACGCUGGCCCAAAUUGAACCGGGCAAUAGCGCAUUAGGUCAUCGGACGAAAGCGUGAAGGGAGUACCACCUUUCUCAAAUUAACAAUUAUCUUCACUUCUCGGUCAUGUCAACAAGGCAGCAUGGUGCAUGUCCAGAAACAUAUCUAUUUUACAUCAAAUAAAUGGUAGAAUUUUCAAGCUAGUUUUCAUUGUGAAGGCAGAUAACUCACUUUUGUUUUAAACCAACUUUCUUCUUCGGACAGAGCUGUGGGCACCUGACUCAGCCUUGGAGACAGCCCGGUUCCAAAUCAAAUGCAAAACACUUUAAACCGGUGCAAAACACGCCAACACGCCUACAGAGUUAUUGGAUUCACAUGGAAUUGUUGUUCAAUUUAAAUGUUUGAAUAUGAAAUUAUUCAUGAUGGGAUAAGAUGUGAUUUUAUCUUCUAAAAUGUGAGAUUUGGGUUUUCAUAGGGUAGGGCUCUGCUCAAUCAGUGGCCCGCCCCUGUGAAGG